GGAACAUAUUACUACCGCCAUGGGGCGCAAUAGUCUGUGUAACUCAAGUCCGACAACUACGAUAAGACGAGAUGGAUACGAAAUUUCGCUUAUUACUGAAUAUAUCUCGUUCUUCGAAUCGAAAAUUCUCGUAUUUUUACAAAAGGACCAAUUUAUUAGGAUAUUCGACAGAAGCAGCGUCCGACCAACCUAAGAAUGAUGAAGAGUUUAGAAAAUUUGAGUUAAGUAAAAAGGUCGAACGAAGUAGACGACGUCAACAAACAACCCAGAAAAUACCGACACCUCCACCUCGUUAUUUAAGAUUACCAACCGAUGCUCCUUGGAUGAAUGUUUGGCCGAUGGCUCAAAGUUUUCGUCCAUCUGUAGUUCCACUCCCAUUAAGACAGGGUUAUGUGGAAAAAGGUGCACCACCUGGAAAAUUUGCAAAUGCAGAAUUGAUGAAGAUACCCAAUUUUCUUCAUUUAACUCCACCUGCUAUCAAAAAACAUUGCGAGGCCAUUAAAAAAUUUUGUACAAAGUGGCCAGAAAAAUUAGAAACUGAUGAAAUCUGCGAUAAAUAUUUUCCACUUGAAUUUAUUACUAGUGAUUAUUGUUAUUCAUCACCAUCUAUCAGAGAACCGAAAGCAAGAAUUGUCACAUUAAAAAUAAAAUUAUCAUCACUUACUCUCGAUUACCAUGCACGUGAUAAGUUGUUGCGCUUAGUUGGAGAACGUUAUGAUCCAAAUACAGAUAUGUUAACUUUAGUGGCAGAAAGAUGUCCACUAAGACAACAAAACAAAGAUUAUGUUAUUUAUUUAUUAACUGCACUAUUUUAUGAAUCUUGGAAAACUGAGCCUUGGGAAGCAGAGAAAACAGAAGCAGAUAUGGAAAAAUUUUUUUGGGAAAAUAGUUUGUCCCAGAAAAAAAUAAUAGAAUUAGUUUCAUGUGUUAAAGAAUAUGACAAAAAGAAUAAAAGUGAAGAAGAUUCAUAUAUCAAAAGUUUACCUAAUGAAUAUGAUAAAAGAGAUGUGCUUGUUCUAAAUGAAGUAAAAUCAUAUGAAAAAGCAAUUCUUGAACUUAAGAAUGAAGGAGAAGAUGAAAUGACUCUUAAACAAUACAGAGAAGCUGUUGUUAAUUUAAUAAAUUUGAAAACACUUCCAAAGAAAGAAAUAGGUCACUGUAAUAUACAAAAUACUGAAAAAUAAAUGAAUGUUUUAUGGA